CCGCACUCCACGACCACACGCUACUGUACUACAUACCGUUGAUCCGCGCGCCGGCUAAUCUCCUGCUCCCCUUUCGUCAUCACGUACAUUAGUAUAUAAAGCGAUGCGUGCUGGCUUCUAGUUUUCGAUGUAGGCCGCGCAGCUCCUCUUCCCAGCCUCCCCAUUUCCUUGCGACCGUUCGGCACUCCUGCACCAUCACCAUGAAGGCCACUAUCCUUGCUGCGACCACUCUGGUCUCUCUCGUCGCCGCCAAUCCCUUGACCGCAGCACCAGCAAAGAGAACGUCAAACCCGCCCGCCUGUAUCCCCGCCCACUCAUACCCCAAUGGCCUAGUCUGCACCGACGUCUCCGGCUCGCUCUUCCUGACUCUCCCCACCGCCGAGACUGCAGUAACAGAUCAACCCUACGCCACGACAACAAUAGGCCCCCCAGCAACCACGCUGAGUCUGGACACGCAACCCGCCUACGCCACCUCCACUACUUACACCUCUGCACCCUCGAGCACCGUCUCGCUGAAAACCAGCCCGGCGGAGAAGACUUCGACAAACUCGGCGACAGACUCCCCGUCCUCAGCAUCAUCGGCAAAGUCGUCGUCGUCCUCCUCGGGCUCGCUCAGUUUCAAAACUACCCCGGCUUUCGCGACUUCAACGACGUACAGCUCGGCAUCGAGUACCACUACCGCUCCUAGCGCUGCUACUUCCACUGCUGCAGCUGCGACUUCUUCAACUGGCAGUUCGUCGACGGGUGGUGCAUCGAGGGUUUCUUUUGGUGGUGCUGCAGUGCUUGCGGGAUUGGCCGGCUUCUUUUUCCUAUUAUGAGACAC